CUCCCAAGAAUCUGAGAUUUAGUUACCAAACGUAAGAACAUGGAUAUCGCGUGCGCCAUGGAUAAGUUGGAGGAAGGAAAGGUAGAAUCACAGGAACUCAAAGUAGAGGAGGCCAGUGAUGAUCUCACAGAAGACCAACCAACCGUUGUUGAUAGAAAGGUAAGACUAGCGCGCCAAACAGAGGUUGAAAACCUUAAAAAAGACCUUGUGGAUGUAAGGAAUGGGAUAUCUCUUUUGAAAAAAGAGGUGGAACGCCUGAAAACAAUCAAUACGGAUGUAUCUGACGAGGCCUAUCUUGUUCUAAAAGAGGUUCACAGACUGAGAAAAGUCGUUGAGGGUGCGCGUUAUAGGAGCUCUGUUCUCCAAGAAAAAGAGAAGGACCUCAUGGAGCUCCGUGAACUCUUGUACACAACCGUUGGGCAUAUGGUCAAUCAAAAUGCUGUCCUCAAAGCCGAAAAUGAGGAUCUGAGAAAAGAUGAUGAUCGCCUUAGGGACAUUAUUGGGAAUAAAAGCGACACAGGAAACAAGGGUCUGACACAGAACACAGACCUGCUCCCGAUGAGUCGGCUAGAAAAUGAGAACAGUGGAGAAAGGCAGAAAGAUCUCAGCCCGCAUGCAGGGGAAAGCCUCCCGAAAAUGCAUUUGGUUUUUAAGAGUCUUAGGGGUUUCAUCACCCAUGGAUCCAAGUCAAAAAGUAAAGGAGAGUCCCGUGGAAAUGGCGUCAAAAGCAAGGUUGAGGCAGAUGAUGGGCUGGCGACAGGUUCUUCUGACAUGGACGUGACCAACAUGGAACUCCAAGAAAAUAACCUGCUCCCAAAAACUCAACACUCCCUCCAAGAAAAUGACAUGAAGUUAAAAAUCAAAGUCUUCGAGGAGAACACUAGAGAAAGGGAGAAAGGUCUUCCAGCACCGGCAGAGGUCUGCGCUGGACAAGUCCUUAAAAAGAACAGCUCAGUUUUGAAUGAAAUCGGGGGUUUCUGCACACAUGGAUUGAAAAAGAUACCUAUUAGCACCCAAGAGUCCCAAAGUAAAGUCAUCAAGCAGGAGGACUCAGAUGAUGAGUAUGAACCACAGCCAGGUUGUUCAAACAUGAAGAUCGAUGGGUGGGCAACCGAAAGGACCUACCGGGCCUCUGAAGCCUGUCACGGUAAUAUCGGUUAUAAGAAACAUGAGGAGUCAGAGGAAGAGUUCUCGACUACCAGUGCUCGUACGAGUGAUAAGUCCAACGGUAACGUUGUCACCGAUGGAGUAGAAAAUGACUCCAAAAACCCCCAAAACGAGGGCGAGUCAGACAGGAAAGACAUCGAGAACACGCAGGGCGAGUCCGAUGACGAGUCGUCGACUACAGGUGAUGAUCACGCCCCGCCUGAUACGAAGGAUGAGCCACAAAAUGACUCCGAAAACAAAGGCCAGUCCCAGAUCGUCGCUCUCGAUUGGGAGUGGUGGGAGUCGAAUGAUUUAUGCGUCGCCGACGCGUCGCGAGCUAACGAUGAAAGCGACGCCGGUUCCAUCGAUAACAUCAUCGACUGGGAGUGGUGGGGGCUGGAUGGUGAGUUCAGGGGUUUACGUCGGUUCCUGGAAGGUGAGUCCCUUAAUGAGGUCUACAAGAAGCAGGGGAAGACUAGCCAGCCGGGUAGCUCUGAUGUGAUUGGCUAG